GGCCUUGUUGCUUUCCCGUCUCCGCGAGGAGCUCUCCGUACAGCAGUCGCCAUUUUGAAAUCCAAAUCGUUCACAGUACACCCGCCCUGAAACCUGGAACUAUGCCGCGGGGACGGCCUCGAAAAGUGAGGGAUAACACAAACGACGGAACAGAAGGUGCACAGGAGUCUAAACAUGGGAGCCAUGCAGAAUCCAGAGAGAACAAAUGUAACAUUUGCUCUCAGGUCUUCAGCACAGAAAACCAACUACAGAAGCAUCUCAGAGACCAUGAAGCCAAUGACAAGCCUUACCGGUGUGACCAGUGUCCUUUGUCCUUCAACGUGGAGUUUAACCUGACGCUACACAAAUCCACUCACACAACCUCAGACCCUGUCUGCCCCAUGUGCCACAAGAAGUUCUCCCGCGUGGCCAGUCUGAAGGCCCACAUCAUGCUCCAUGAGAAAGAGGAGAACCUGAUCUGUGGCGAGUGUGGAGAUGAGUUCGUCCUUGAGAGUCAGCUAAUGCCUCAUAUGGAGGAUCACCGCAAAGAACUUUCCGGAUGCAAGGUCUACACCUGCAAGACCUGCAACCAGGAAUUCAAGACCCCUGCAGAGCUGAAAGAACAUGUCAAGACACAUGUUAAAACAAGGACAAUACUCACCAGCUCGAGGAAUUACAAGAAGAACAUUGACCGGAGCGGAUUCACAAAUAGUUGUCAGCACUGUGGAAAGACGUUUAAGAAGCCUAGUCAGCUGGUGAGACAUAUCAGAAUCCACACAGGUGAAAGGCCGUAUAAAUGCACUCACUGCGGGAAGGCGUUCAACCAGAAGGUGGUGCUGCAGACCCACAUGGUGCGGCAUACAGGGGAGAAGCCCCACCUGUGCACGUUGUGCCCGGCCUCCUUCUCCCAAAAGGGCAACCUGCAGUCGCACAUCCAGAGGGUGCACUCCGAGACCAAAGGAGUACCCCUCUUCCCCUGCAUGGACUGCAGCUGUGUGUUCAAAAAGCUGGGCAGCCUAAACGCACACAUCAGCAAGAUGCACAUCUCAGUGGUGGAAGUUGAGGAGCCUGCCACCACCCAGGAGGCGGUGGAGUCCAGUCAGGCCGUGGCCGGGUCAGAGGGAGCCGAGGGGGUGACUGACGUGAUCCAACAGCUUCUGGAACUCUCCGAGCAGGUCACAGUGGAGAGCGCUCAAACCCAGCCCCCGGUGCCAGCUAUCACCAUGGAGACGGCUAUCAACCAGGACAUCUUGCAGCAAGCUCUUGAGAACAGUGGCCUGACUGCCAUCCCAGUACAGAACAGUGCCCAGAGCAGCGUUGGAGGGCCAGCCUUGCCCAGGUCAGAUGGUGGCACACAGAGUCAAACGAUGGGCAGCGACGCCACUGCCAUCAGGAAGACGUCCGGCUCAGAGAAAGUUGUGAAGAAGGAGAAGAAGAGCAUCUUUAAGAAGCCUGAUCAAAUGCCAGGCACCAUCCGUGAGCAGAACGGCGUACGCUGGCACGGCUGCCCCUACUGCUCCAAGGAGUUCAAGAAGCCCAGCGACCUGGUGCGCCACAUCCGCAUCCACACGCACGAGAAGCCCUUCAAGUGCAAGCAGUGCUUCCGCGCCUUCGCCGUCAAGAGCACGCUCACGGCCCACAUGAAGACGCACACGGGCAUCAAGGCCUUUGAGUGCCAGUGCUGCAUGAAGUGCUUCUCCACCUCCGGCAGCAUGAAGGUGCACAUGCGCCUGCAUACAGGCGUGCGCCCCUUCCCUUGCCCGCACUGCGAGAAGAUCUUCCGUACCUCAGGACACCGCAAGACGCACAUUGCCUCGCACUUCAAGAGUAUGCAGCAGAAGAAGCACAAGUUCCCACGCAAGCCCCACAAGGCCCGUGUGUCCAAGAACAGCCUUCCUCUUCCGGACAUCCCCCUCCAGGAGCCCAUACUCAUCACUGACAUGGGCCUCAUUCACAACCAGAACUCCCGUGUGUUACAACCCUACCUUGACCUUGUGGAGAAUGAUCGACCCUACAAGUGUGCCUGCUGCAACAAGGCCUACAAAAAGUCCAGCCAUCUCAAACAGCAUGUCAGGUCACACACGGGCGAACGACCGUACAAGUGUAUCCAGUGCAGCAAGGGCUUCGCCUCCUCGGGGGUGCUGAAGGCGCACAUCCGCACCCACUCGGGCCUCAAGGCCUAUAAGUGCCUGAUGUGCGACACCACCUUCACCACCAGCGGCAGCCUGCGGCGUCACAUGACCACCCACAGCGACCUGCGCCCCUAUAUGUGCCCCUACUGCCAGAAGACCUUCAAGUCUUCGCCCAACUGCAGGAAGCACAUGAAGACCCACAGGUAUGAGUUGGCCCAGCAACUCCAGCAGCAGCCGGGCUCCUCAGACGGGACCUCGCUGGAGGACCCCAUGGGGGGGCCCGGUGCCACGGUGGCCCACGACAUGCAGGUGGAGAUCGAGGGCGGCCAGCUGCAGCCUCCACCCUCUGGCGUGGGCGUGGAGCAGCAGGGCAUGCUGGAGCAGCUCGGCCAGGCGCAGGUGGUGGGGGGCCCCCAGCAGGUGGCGCUGCAGACGCCGCUGACUGAUGGAGCCUUGGUGCAGGACGACGACCAGUUUGUGGCGUCGCAGCACACCCUCCAACAGAACAUGGGCCAGUACGACACCUCCUCACUGCCUCAGCCAGCCUAUGACCAGCCAGCACUCUCUCAAGGCUUCACCAUAACAGAGGGCUUCAGUGCCCCUCAGUUCUCCACGGUGCAGCAGCUGCAGGACUCCAGCACGCUCGAGUCACAGGCCCUCUCCUCCAGCUACCACCCACAGAACCUGCUGCACGUAUCCAAUGCUGAGGUGGCUGGUGGUCUACUCCAGGAGCAAACCCAAGGGGAACUGCAGCUCUCUGCCGGACAAGACUAUCACGACGAGAGUGAAGAGAUCAAGAGGGCGUACAGGUGUAACAUCUGCAAUAAAGGCUUCAAGAAGUCCAGCCACCUGAAGCAGCAUGUACGAUCACACACAGGAGAGAAACCCUACAGGUGCAACCUGUGUGGCCGCAGCUUCGUCUCGGCCGGGGUGCUCAAGUCCCACCUCAACACACACACGGGAGUCAAAGCUUUCAAGUGUAAUGUGUGUGAGGCCUCCUUCACCACCAAUGGUAGCCUAAACCGUCACAUGAUCAUCCACCUCAACAUGAAGCCCUUCAAGUGCCCCAUGUGUGUCGAGACCUUCCGUACCAACCUGCUCUGUAGGAAGCAUCUGAAGAAAGAUCACGCCAUAGGAUCUAGAGUGCUGGGGGAGGAAGAAGGUGAGGACGAGGACAGUUACGGUCGUUCGGGCACCAAGCGGAACCGCGCCGGCAUCAUCACCUUCACCGAGGAGCAGGCGGCGGAGCUGGCCAAGCAGGAGCCGGACGAUGCUGCGACGCUGUCGGAGAAGGUCCUGGCCCAGUCGGCCGCCGAGCGUGACCGCAUCAGCGAGAUCAAGGACAAGGCCGUGGAGCUGGAGACCGAGCCCAAGUUCGCCAACCGCUGUUCCUACUGUCCCAAGAGCUUCAAGAAGCCCAGCGACCUCGUCAGACAUGUUCGGAUCCAUACGGGAGAGAAGCCUUACAAGUGUGAUGUGUGUGGGAAGAGUUUCACGGUGAAGUCUACGUUAGACUGUCAUGUAAAAACACACACAGGUCAGAAGCUGUUUGGCUGCCAUAUGUGCCACACGUCUUUCUCCACCAAAGGCAGCCUGAAGGUUCACAUGCGCCUUCACACGGGCUCCAAGCCCUUCAAGUGCCCCAUCUGCGACCUGCGCUUUCGCACCUCCGGCCACCGCAAGACCCACAUCCAGAGCCAUAUGAGGCCCAGCUCGGAGAGCAAGAGGGCCAAGCGCAGUGCUGGACCAGACCGCCAGUCGGCCAGGCACCACGCCUCGGAGGGCGACCCGACACAGGUCCAGAGCCAGGCCUCCCACCAGGCCACUGGAGGGCCGGCGCCAACGGACACCCUGCCUCCCGUGGGGCUGCUCCAGACCACCGGUGGCGACCCGGGGAUCUACAUCCCCAGCACCUCGGUCCUCACCGGUCAGUACGACCAGAACCUGCUGCAGUCAGGGCUGGUGGGCCAGGCCAUCUUACCCGCUACCAUGUCAGCGGGGGGUGACCUGACUGUGUCUCUGGGUGAGGGUCUGGCCACUCUGGAGGGCAUCCACCUGCAGCUGACGCCUGCCAACCUCGUGUGCCCCAACGUCCAGAUCUCGGGCAUCUCGGGCAUCGACGCCAGCAACAUCAACAACAUCACUCUGCAGAUUGACCCUAGCAUCCUGCAGCAGACCCUCCAGCAGGGGGGGCUCUUGUCCCACCCUGUGGCUGGUGACCCAGGCCUUGCCCAGCACGUUGGCCACCACCUUAUGGCCGCUGGCGACUCCUCGGUUCCCACCAAUGUGGUCCUUCACCCACUCACAAGCCUGGCACUGCAGCAGUCCGUCGUCCCUGGCAACGUCAGCAUCACUGGGCUGCCCGAGCACGACUCCUCAGGUGCUCAGGAGCUGUCCCACGUGAUGGGUGGCACGGCCGGUGGGCAGGAGAUCACGCUGACCAUCAACAACUCCAGCCUCACGCAGGUGCUCGCCCAGGCACAGGCCCAGGCCCAAGCCGCUGGAGCCGCACCCACGGCCAACAACACACAGGAGAUCACACUCACUAUAUCAGGGCAAGACCUACUCCCGCAGCAUAGCGCCCCCUCUGGUGCGGACAUGAACAGCACGAUCAGACUGUCAUCACCCAUGGGUGCCCAGGCCGGUGGUGCCACCCUCACCAUCGGUAACGAGCAGCUGCUGCCUCACAGCCCAUCUAACGCCACCAUGACCGUCACCAGCCUGCCUCCCAGCACCUCCCUGUCCCACACGGCUGUGUCCCAGAGCCUGGUGAUGUCAUCGGCGGGCAUGGCCAGUGAUGGAAGUGUGACCCUCACACUGGCAGACACCCAGAUGCUGGAUGCGGUCACACUCAACCUCAACUCACAGCAAAGCCAGCAGUUCUCCAGUGUGAUGAGUGAGCAGGGUCUCCCCGGGCAACCGGUCACCUCCGCCCAGCAGGUCAUCCUCGUCAGCCACCCCACCCAGGCCACCGUGGCAACACUGGAGGACAACCUCAGGCCAGCGGGUAAGGAGGAGGAGCUCGGGGAGAAGCGGGUGCUGAACCAGUGCUACUUCUGCGACCAGGUGUUCCACACGGCCAACCUGCUGCGCCGCCACUGCAGGCAGAACCACGGCAAGGAGCGCUGCCAUGUCUGCCGCGUCUGCAACAAGGCCUUUAAACGUGCCACGCACCUCAAGGAACAUGAGCAUGUGCACCAGAACGGCCCCUCUCUCAGCUCUCAGAGGCCUCGUGUGUUCAAGUGUCCUUCCUGUGACAAAGCUUUUGCCAAGCCCAGCCAGCUGGAGCGACACAACAGGACUCACACAGGAGAGCGUCCUUUCAAGUGCACGCAGUGUGACCGGGCGUUUAACCAGAAGAGCGCACUGCAGGUUCACCGUGUCAAGCACACCGGGGAGAAGCCCUACAAGUGUGAGGUGUGCAGCAUCGGCUUCACCCAGAAGAGCAACAUGAAGCUGCACAUGAAGCGCUCGCACGGAUAUGGUCGCUCCCAGCAGCAGGGAGCACAGCGGCGGCAGCAGCAGUCGGAGGUGUGCGUGGAAGUCACCACUGGCGACGAGCAUCAGGAGGAAGAGGACGAUGAUGACGAGGAGGAGGAAGAGGAAGAGUCGGCGGAGCUGGACCUGGAGGAGGUGGUGCAGGAGUCUGCCUCCGACUGGCAGUGCAUCUCUGGCGUCUUCCCAUAGCCCCUCCCACUUAUCCACUCUCUCUACCCCCCCGCGGUGCUGCUAACGUCCCUCUCAACUCCCAGUGACCCUCACGAGCCAAUUAACUCAAACACCUGCCCCCCCCCCCAGCGUGCUCAGAGUCUGUUUUUCUGGCGCUUUUCAUCUUAGCUGUCUAUCUUCCGUCUCUCUCUCUCUCUCCCUCUCUCUCUAUCUCUCUCUCUCUCUGUCACCUGCUCACUCUCUCACACACUCUCUCUCUCUCUAUCCAUAGUUGUUAGUUAUGGACCUUGUCAGAUUUUUCAUGAAAGGUUAUUUAUUUGUCAUGAAACACUGUGGAAUGGCUUUUGAUCGAAAAGUGGUCAGUGGAAGGUCACCAAAAAUAAAUAAAUACACAAACACACACACUUUUUUCGAGCAGCUGUUGUUUAGUACAGCUUAGCCAAAAAACAAAGUUAAAAAGUAGCACUUUAACAGAAUGCCCAGCAGCCGAUGAGCCGCUUCAUCAUGUGUGACACGAGCUCCGCCCGCUCCACAGCCGGCCAGUCCAGUGCGCCGCGGACUCUUCCCAUUUCCGGUGCCUCAGAUAACCUCCCGGGCGCGGCAGUCGUUUACAAAUGGAGGAGCUCUGACCUCCGCUCCGAGUUUAUCUGAUUUAGACACGUGCUUGGGAAAGUCAUCUAUAUGCAACAGUCAACCAGCCCAUAUCGUUGCUUUCAUUUCGAUCUGUCCUUAACCAAGGGGUCAGUGGAAGUGUCCAUCGCGAGAUCCUCUUUCAUCCAUCAGAGAAAGUGAACUCUGUUCUCUGCGUUAGCAUUUGUCAUUAGAGCAUGUUGAACAACCGAGUGAAGGUGAAUUUAAACGGAAUGGCCAGGGGCAGAGUAUUACUGCUGAUUAACAUACAGUUUCUGGGUGCUCUUAGUAUGCUCCCCAGCAUAAUGUCUGGGAGGGGAACCCCCCCGAGAUACUUGUGGUCUAAUUAACAACGGAUGCCCUCAAACACCUAACCAGUUAACAUCAGAACGUUCUGGAUAUGAAAGUUAAAUUGAACAUUUACUUUAAAUGAUGUUGAGGAUGGAUAAGAGACAUCUGCCUGGCACAUAAAGCAUGCAGUGGAUUUAAAGGUGGAGGACUCCUUCACAAAGUUGGCUGUCCUUGGUUGGAGUGUUAAUCUGAAUAGCAGACCAUCCAUGCAAAACAGUCGAUUCCCUUGUCCCAGUCGAUCCCCACUACAGCUAAAUGUAGCUUCCAUGUCUGCCUCGCUACUUUUACUCUAAUGUGUAUAUUCACUCUGUUGUUUUAUAAAAGGCAAGCUACUGUAUUCUGUUUUCUUUUUUUUUUUUUUUUUGCUCUCAGUUACUGAGUUUUAUUUGCCAUAAAGAUGCGGGGGCAGCCUUGAGCUGUUCGGAUGUCAGGUCCCCCUAUGUUGUCUCUACCUGCAGAUCCUGCAGUUAUGAAUUCAAAUGGCGGUCAUUGCCGUCAAAGCUGCCGUGCAAAGCACAGCGUGUGCGGAACGUCAGGCGCUCACUUCCUGUUGCUAAGCGUUACUAGUGGACAUUGCCAUUUAUUGAAUCUCAGCUGGCAUUCAAUCAUUUUGUACUGCGUGGAAUUGUCCUCAUUUUUUAAAUGUAAAUAGUGUAUGAUAGAUUUUAUGUUUUUUUUUUGUUUUUUUUUCGUUUUGGAUAUUUCCAUGAGAAUGUUUUUUCCCUCCUUUGCCAAUAGAUGCUGAAACUGCUGUGCAGGUCGCUUUGAUCUGGAAGUUGUUUUUCUCCCAUUUUAGUUGCUAUAACAGUGUACAUAAACUAAACUGUACAAAGUUUGUCGCAGGAAUGUAUUUUGUAUUUCCUUAAAAUAUUUAAGAAUAAAUGUAGCCUUUUUUUCUACA